AUGACCCAAACUAACGUAUAUCUCCCAAUUUAUCACAACAGAUCUCGUAACUUGAAAAGGAGCCUCGGAUAUGGAGAGAUGACAACACGCAACUUCAAAUCAGCACGCCUAAGAAGUAAGUUGGUUAGAAAUGGAUUUGGAAGCACGCUCAAUGGCACGAUUUCACAGACGUCCAAUUCACAUUCAUCAGGUAAACGCGGAAGAAAACGCUGCGGUGGUUACGGCUUUGGUGGCUGUGGCGGCUGUGGUGGCCUCGGCGGCUACGGUGGCUAUGGUGGAUUCGGUGGCUGCGGUGGCUACGGUUUCGGUCUGGGUGGGUUAUGUGACUGGUGUGCUGAUGGUACCAUGUGCGCAAACUGCAAGGGAGGCUUUGGACCACCUAUAGGAUGUGGGGGCUGCAACUGUGGAUGUUCCCCGAGUCUUACAUUCCCCUGUGUGUUUGGCGCUUCUGUCAACAAUCCAGGCUGUGAGUGCUGUAAGAAGAAGCCUCCCAAAGGAAAAUGUAUCUGGCCAUGCAUGUGGCCAUGCUGCUGCGAGUGCGAUCCACCUAAGUUCAAGUUUAAGCCUCUGGAGCCCAAGCCAGUGUGCCACUGUCCACACAAGCGUUACUACAGAUUACACCAAUCACAAACAAAUAAUCAAGGUCCUCUCAAACGAAACCUACUGGAUACCCUUGGCGGGCCGUUUCCAAAAGUGUUUGCUCCCUUCAGUUUCCCAAUUGUCAACGGCCUUCAAAUCAAGCCUCAAGGUUUUCUUCAAGUUCCAAGUAAUUCAGAGCCCAAUCAACCAGUAUAACUCAAAGGAUCAUGAUAUCAAAGGCAAACAAGGAUUGCCAUCAAAUAGCACUCCAGAAAUUUCCAGCCAUGGCUACCUUUUAAUCACACAAGAAGAAUACAGAUUCAACAACUAUAACUUCCUUAAUUAUCAAAAGAAUAUGUAAUAAAGGUUGAAUAAAGUAUCACUUAACUCGUGCGCGCUUGUUCGUUGCGUUUAACUUGAAAUACAAUUAAGAUAACCCC